GUGGACUGGGCGUGCGGCUCCCGGCGCUGGCCCUCCCGCGUCCGGCCUCCACCGGCCGCCGUCAUCCGCCGCCGGGUGUGAAUGAAAGGCAGGCGCCGCCGGGGGCCGGCUGCGGGCGACAUCACGACGGGGCUUCGCGGGAGGCGCUCGCCCCGCGGAGAUGUACGGUGUGUGUGGCUGCUGUGGCGCCCUACGCCCCAGGUACAAAAGGCUGGUUGACAACAUCUUCCCUGAGGAUCCCGAGGAUGGCCUGGUGAAGACCAACAUGGAGAAGCUGACCUUCUACGCCCUCUCCGCUCCGGAGAAGCUGGAUCGGAUCGGCGCCUACCUCUCCGAGAGGCUCAUCCGUGACGUGGGUCGGCAUCGGUAUGGGUCCGUGUGCAUCGCCAUGGAGGCGCUGGACCAGCUGCUCAUGGCCUGCCACUGCCAGAGCAUCAACCUGUUCGUGGAGAGCUUCCUCAAGAUGGUGGCCAAGCUGCUGGAGUCGGAGAAGCCCAACCUGCAGAUCCUCGGCACCAACUCGUUUGUGAAGUUCGCCAACAUCGAGGAGGACACGCCCUCCUAUCACCGGAGCUACGACUUCUUCGUGUCCCGCUUCAGCGAGAUGUGCCACUCCAGCCACGACGACUUGGAAAUCAAGACCAAAAUCCGGAUGUCGGGCAUCAAGGGGCUGCAAGGGGUGGUGAGGAAGACGGUGAACGACGAGCUGCAGGCCAACAUCUGGGACCCUCAGCACAUGGACAAGAUCGUCCCGUCGCUGCUCUUCAACCUGCAGCACGUGGAGGAGGCGGAGAGCCGCUCGCCCUCGCCCCUCCAAGCGCCGGAGAAGGAGAAGGAGAACCCGGCGGAGCUGGCAGAGAGGUGCCUUCGGGAGCUGCUGGGCCGCGCCGCCUUCGGCAACAUCAAGAACGCCAUCAAGCCUGUGCUCAUCCAUCUGGAUAACCACUCCCUGUGGGAGCCCAAGGUGUUCGCCAUCCGUUGCUUUAAAAUCAUCAUGUAUUCAAUUCAGCCGCAGCACUCCCACCUGGUUAUCCAGCAGCUCCUGAGCCACCUGGACGCCAACAGCCGCAGCGCGGCCACCGUGCGGGCAGGCAUCGUGGAGGUCCUGUCGGAGGCCGCCGUCAUCGCAGCCACCGGCUCCGUGGGGCCCACAGUGCUGGAGAUGUUCAACACUCUUCUGAGGCAGCUGCGGCUCAGCAUCGACUAUGCCCUGACCGGGAGCUACGAUGGGGCCGUCAGCCUGGGCACCAAGAUCAUCAAGGAGCACGAAGAGUGCAUGUUCCAGGAGGCUGUCAUCAAGACCAUAGGCUCCUUCGCCAGCACGUUGCCCACCUAUCAGCGCUCGGAGGUGAUCCUCUUCAUCAUGAGCAAGGUCCCGCUGCCCUCCCUGCACCACCCCGUGGAGACCGGCAGGACAGGGGAGAACCGGAACCGGCUGACCCAGAUUAUGCUGCUGAAAUCCCUCCUUCAGGUGUCCACAGGUUUCCAGUGCAACAACAUGAUGUCAGCCCUGCCCAGCAGCUUCCUGGACCGCCUCCUGUCCACUGCCCUCAUGGACGACGCAGAGAUCCGUCUCUUCGUUCUAGAGAUUCUCAUCAGCUUCAUCGAUCGCCAUGGCAACCGCCACAAGUUCUCGUCCAUCAGUACCCUGAGUGACAUCUCUGUCCUGAAGCUGAAGGUGGACAAGUGCUCCCGACAGGACACCGUCUUCAUGAAGAAGCACUCCCAGCAGCUCUACAGACACAUCUACCUGAGCUGCAAGGAGGAGACGAACCUGCAGAGCCACUACGAGGCGCUCUACGGCCUGCUGGCACUCAUCAGCAUCGAGCUGGCCAACGAGGAGGUGGUGGUGGACCUCAUCCGCCUGGUGCUGGCCGUCCAGGACCUGGCCCAGGUCAACGAAGAGAACCUGCCCGUGUACAACCGCUGCGCCCUGUAUGCGCUGGGCGCCGCCUACCUGAACCUCAUCAGCCAGCUCACCGCCGUGCCCGCCUUCUGCCAGCACAUCCUCGAGGUGAUAGAGACCAGGAAGAAAGAGGCUCCGUACAUGCUCCCUGAGGACGUGUUUGUGGAGAGGCCCAGGCUGUCUCAGAACCUGGACGGCGUGGUGAUCGAGUUCCUCUUCCGCCAGAGCAAGAUCAGCGAGGUCCUGGGGGGCAGUGGCUACAAUGCGGACCGGCUCUGCCUGCCCUACAUCCCUCAGCUGACAGAUGAGGACCGCUUAUCCAAGAGGAAGAGCAUUGGAGAAACCAUUUCCCUGCAGGUGGAGGUGGAAUCCAGGAACAGCCCCGAGAAGGAGGAGCGUGUGCCCGCGGAGGAGAUCACCUAUGAGACGCUGAAAAAGGCCAUUGUGGACAGCGUGGCCGUGGAGGAGCAGGAGCGCGAGCGGCGGCGGCAGGUGGUGGAGAAGUUCCAGAAGGCGCCGUUUGAGGAGAUAGCAGCUCACUGCGGGGCCAGGGCAUCGCUGCUGCAGAGCAAGCUCAAUCAGAUCUUUGAAAUCACCAUCCGGCCCCCGCCGAGCCCGUCCGGCACCAUCACCGCAGCCUACGGCCAGCCUCAGAACCACUCCAUCCCCGUCUACGAGAUGAAGUUUCCGGAUCUGUGCGUCUACUGAAGUCCCAGCACGGAGCUCCUGGGAGGGGUGGGGUCUGAGGGAGCGGCUCCCCCUCACCCCCACCCCUACUGCGUGCACAUCUCACUGGGGUCUCAGAAAAGGUCACCUUGGCGGGGGCAGCCCCUUCCCAGCUAAGCAAGGGGGAGCCCCAGGCCCUCCCACGUGCCCCUUGUCUUCCCUGAGGGGACCGGCCACCUGCCCCUCUGGGCCCAUAAGCAUCUCACCUGUGCCCUGCAGUCUCCUCCUUUGUGCCACGGGGCCAGUAACUGUGGGGCGUGUGAGGUCCUGAGAGCUCCCACGUGGUGUGACAUGUGAAAGGCUUUCGUGGUGUGGGGGUGGGAAGGGCACAGGUGCCAUCUCCCUGACCCCAGACAGGGCCGAGUGGAGACGCAGUGCUCAGAGAAAGCGUGGGCUGCAGUCGGGUCGGAGCCCCACUGUGGGAGCUGGAGGGCGGGGUGACUGUCUCCCCCAGAGCACCCCCUCCCUCCAGUUCCGAGGCCCCCAAGUCCCCAGUGUCUCUUCCACUCUCCUGCUCACCCUGCCAGCUGUCUUUUCGUGAUUCUCUCUGUUAUUAAUUAAUGCUGAGCCCUUACACAGGAGCUGGGGUGGAGAUAUCACAGCAGGUGUGGGGGGGGGGCGCGGUGUAACAAAGGAGGGAAUGAAGGUCAGGCAGCUGCUGGUGGGGGCGGGCUCUCCCCAGGUUGGGCCUGCCUCACACCCCACCCCCCACCCCCUCGGAGGAACAGCAGGCAGCAGGGGUAGAUGCCUCUGCAGCAUCUUCUGGACUCCUUUGCUCAGAGGGAGCUUGCUUGGCACUCCCAUGGUUCUCCCCCUUCUGGAUGUUUCUCUGAGUUGAGCUCGCUCUCUCCUUGUUACCUUUCUUCCUGGGGAGCCCGCCGUGUUUCUACAGCCUCUGGGUUGAGGGAGGGCAGCUCCAGCUAAUCUGGUUCUAAAUGACUGGAAAAGAGGCGGAACAGCCAGGCCCAGGCCUGCCCACUUCACCCCUUAGUGAAGAGGCCCCUGGCCUGGCCGGGCUGCAGGGGGAGGGGAUGGUCGUGGGGGCGGAGCUCCUUGGGACUCAAGGAUGUCAGAGGUCCACCUUUCCGAUGUUUCAUUUGAGGAAAGAAGGAUCCAGCACCUGAUACGGGAAUGAUUUUUUAUGUUUAUUCUUUUUACUCUUUGGACAAAGUCUGACCUUAGUGCCAACUCCCAAAGCUUCAGGCCUGGGGACAGCAGUGGAGGUCGCUUUGGGUUUUCAGUUUCCCCUGAGUCCCGUGGGCCUGUCUGGGGGAGGGGGAGGAGGACGAGCCGGGAGGCUGCCUGCCGUGCCCUCUGCUUCCCCUCCGCUGUCCUGGGGCCUUCGUGUCUCCAACGGUCCCCCCCACCCCGGGCUCCCCCACCACCAGCAGCACCCUGUGGCCCCCAGUAAUUCCUCUCUUCCUGUGAAACUCCACUCACAGUAAGGUGUGAAUAGCCAAGUUAUUCUUCUGUGGGGAAUUUGUUUUUUAGAAAGAGAGAGUGAAUCAAUUUCUUCACCCAAAGGAAUCCCUUUAGGGUAGAGUUGUAGGCCGUGUGGGCGGGGUCAGAAGGGCUGGACUGUCUGCUGAGUGGGCGGCAGGCUUUCUGGGCGAGGGGGUCUACCUCUGCAGGACUCUGCACAGACCCACAGUGAGGGCCUGACGAUCCGGCAGAUGGGUGGAUUUUCUCAAGUCGGGAGAAACUUAGCAUAUGCCUUUCCCAUUAUGUGGGCAGUGAUCUCUUGGGUUAGGGGGCUUUCUGGCUCUAGUUCCUUGAGUUUUCCCCCUUGGCCGCUGCCUCUGGCUCUGGGCCUGCAGCUUCCGUGUGGCUGUCAGGAUUCAAGGCCCCGGGGGCCCGCUCCUGCUCCCCUUGUGGCUCUUAGCUAAUGCCCCACCCAACUUUACAAGCAUGAACUGAGAAUUCUCCUUACUUUAAUAUCUCCUUAUUAAGAAAUCACAUUUCAAAUAACUUGGAACGAAUUUGAAGGCAAAUAACCUUGGGAAGAAACUUCACAGGAAAUCUACGUCUUGAGCCACCUGUACAUCUUUCCUUGCAAAUCCUCCCACCCGUGUCCCAUGCUUGGCUUUGAUGGAAUACCCUGUUUCUUUCUUGUGCCUCCUUGACUGUAGGGUCCACCCCCAUGGCCACUGCCCCCUGCGCCCUGCCCUGGGGACCCUGGCUCUGCGGGGUGGGGAGCAUGGCCCUGGGGCCUCUUUCGUCAGAGCCAGCCGUAGGACCAGAGACACACACAGGUCCACUCAGGUGCCUGUCCCUCAGCCCCGCCCUGGGAACGGGGCGCUUUCUUUGUGCACUCAGCGUCUCUGUCCUCUGUCCAGAGCAGCUUUUUCAUCUCGUCACAGCUGCCUAGCAAAGAAGUGUUUCUUUGGGAGAACUGGCUGGGUUUUUUUUUUGUUUUGUUUUUGUUUUUGUUUUUGUUCUUGAGUGCCCUCUUGCUAGUUUCAAUUUAAAUCUGCACUCAGUCCAGUAUUAGGCUGCCUGCCAACAGGAGGCAGGACCUGGGUUCUGGCCAAGGAUGCCUCAGAACGAGAAAGCCGAAGGUGUGUGUUAACUCAGGCAGGCAGUUAAAUAGCAAAUUAAGCAGUCUCCUUCACCAGCGUCCUUUCGCCCCUGCAGAGGCCCUGGGAAGGGACGCGAAGCAUCGUGUGCUGGGUGCCCAGACCCUCCGCCCAGCAUCCACCGCUGCCUCCUGCCUUCCAGGCCCCGUAGCGUCAGACAGCGCUGUGUCUUUGACUGACCCUUUUUUAGAAAAAGAUUCUAUUUAUUUUUAGAGAGAGAGGAAGGGAGAGAGACAUCAAUGUGUGGUUGCCUUUCACACCCACCCCUGCACUGGGGACCUGGCCUGCAACCCUGUGAAGAUAGGCAUGUGCCCUGACUGGGAAUCGAACCGGUGACCCCUUGGUUCUCAGGCUGGUGCUCACCCCACGGAGCUACACCAGCCAGGGCUGACUGGCCCUCUGUGCUACCCUCCUCUGUUGUGAUCUUGAGCCAGCAAGCCCAUCCAGACCAGCUGCUCCCCAGAGCCCUGAGCGCUCUUGCUUCCCAGGCAAGGGGUAGGCUGGCUUGGCACUCUGCCGGCAGAACUUAAGAGGCAGGAAAGCAUUUGAGAUUUGGAAGUUCCAUUCAUUUGGUUGAGUCAUGCCCGUGCAUCAGAAGCAGGUCAGCAGGAGGCGCCAGUGCGUUCCUGCAGGCUCCUCCCGUUGGCCUCACAGCAGGGUCCCCAGUGCCCUGUGUCUGUUCCCGUCUCCUCUCUCUGAAAGUGGAAAUAAGUGAUUUCUUGACUCCUAAAUGCCUCCUCUCCAGAGAAGGAACCCAAGCAGGGCAGGAGAAGAACUAGAAAAGUCGUCAGGUACUCCCCUCUGUCCAGCCCUCCAGCUCAUACACCAGUGCGAAUGGAUGAGCCGUGGAAAGGUGGGGCUGGGACUGACCGAAGUGCUUGAAGAAGGUCAAGACUUGAGGGUCACACACAUGCUGCCCUUUGCCCUGGAUGUUCUGGGUCCCAGAGAACGGGUUUCAGCUGGCAUAAGAAUUAGAACAGCCUUAGAAUUCCUUUAAACGGCUCCAAGGCCAGACCUCCAGGCUUCUGUGCAGGCCUCUGGGUCACUAUACCUUCCAGUUGCUCUUUCGCUGUCCCCAGUCCUUCUGACCUGGGUCAAGAGUGUCAUUGAGAAGCGAGGCUAUGUCUCCCCAUUCCUCUUCAUGACCAUGAACUGGCAUGUGGUCAUCUGGGGGCCCGUGGGAAAGAACCAGACCAGAGCUGUUAGGCUGAGCAUGAAGUGUGAAGAUAGAAGAGGAGGUCAGCUGAUCGGGGCAGGCCACGCCCCCUUCCCCUGACCCACAGGCCUGGCAGGCAGUUGUGCUGAAACAAAACAUCUUCCUUAUCCCUGGGAGACAGUUUAGGUCAGUGUGCUGCUUCUUCACCCUAUUAACCUUAGAAAUCUGCUGGUUAAAGUGGCCCUUUAUCCCAAAUGUGGCGUCAUCUGCCGAGUGGGGAAGGGUGGUCAUGGACCUGGCCAGAUGGGAAGCGAGGAGAAGACACAAGGGCUGUGGCUGGGGCUCUGUGGCCUGCUGGGGUCAGAGGGCAGCUCUCUGUGCUCUCUCUGCACCAGCCAGGAUGACCAGCACUUUUCUGCAGGAGAUCCUAGGGCCUCGUCACCUUCCCCUGUUGAGCUCCUCCUCCACGACUGCUGAUUCCGGCCUGCGGAGUGCAGAGCCGUGACGCCACACAGGCUGCAGCUCACGCAGUGUAACAUGUCAGUGUGCGCCUCGACCUUCAGGGCCUGGCUGAGAGUGUGUGUGCCCGUGUGUGUGCAUGUGUGUGCAAUGUAGUUCCUAGUUGACAAUGUAUGUAUAUAACAGCUGACGUAUUUAUAUGGGGGUGAAGAAUUAGUGCCUGUGGCGGUUUUCUGUGUUUUACACUCGUUGAGUCAAAUUAGUUUUAAGGAAAGGGAAAUAGAAGUGGGAGGGGCGGGCAAGUGCAGGAAGAAGGACUCUUAGCCGGAUCAUUCUUUAGGACUAUUAGUCGUGAUUUCCCAAGGAGCCUUUAUGAUGCCCUUUUCAAAUAAAUGUUAAUG